UGCCGCCAUGGGAGAGUCACUUGCAGGCGGGACACGAUCUGGGCCGUGCACUUGCUAACGGAUCGCGAUCCGGCCUAGCCCAUAGGAAAAGGGAUAAGUCCUGCUACGCACAUACGCACAUUUGAAGGGGCUUUUCUGCAAAUACGCCAGCUCCGACGGUACCCGGUAGUUUGCCCUAGCCCAACUACCCCCGGCGAGGUGGCGCGGCGCAUCAGCUCCGGCAAGCUAUCGAUUCUUUUCGUCCCUCCCUGCCACCGCCCGGAUCCCCAAUCGGCCUCGUCCAUCGGGCCAUGUGCAUCGCGGCGUGGGCGUGGGAGUGCCACCCGGCGCAUCGCCUACUCCUGCUCUUCAACCGCGACGAGUACCACUCCAGGCCGACGCAGCCGGCGCAGUGGUGGGCGCCGGGGGAGGACGGCAAGGAGAUCCUCGGGGGCAGGGACGAGCUCGGCGGGGGCACGUGGAUGGGGUGCACGAGGGACGGGAAGCUCGCCUUCCUUACCAACGUGCGGGAGCCCGGCUCGCUGAUCGGCGCCAAGACCAGAGGGCAGCUCCCCGUCAGGUUUCUUCAGGGCAGCCAGGGUCCAUUGGAGUAUGCAGCAGAAAUUGCAAAGGAAGCAGAUCAGUACAAUGGUUUUAACCUUAUAUUGGCUGAUGUGAACUCAGGAACCAUGGUUUACAUCUCUAAUAGACCUGGAGAUGAUCCUGUGAUUCACACAGUUGCUCCUGGGAUUCAUGUGCUUUCGAAUGCUUCAAUCAAUUCCCCUUGGCCAAAGGCACUGCGUUUAGGACAGAGCUUCAAAAAAUAUCUGGAAACACAUGAUGAUGCAGAAGCUUCUGUAAAACAGAUGGUGGAAGAGUUGAUGAUGGAUACGAUCAAGGCUGAUACAUCUAUGGUGCCUGAUACUGGCGUUGACCCUGAAUGGGAAUACAACUUAAGCUCUAUUUUCAUUGACACUGCAAAAGGACAGGCACGAUAUGGAACUCGAAGCAUGGUGGCGCUAGCAGCAAAAUUGGAUGGUGAGGCAACAUUCUACGAGAGGUACUUGGAAAACAGCUUGUGGAAGGAGAAUAUCAUACAGUUCCAGAUGGAGAAGGCACAACAGGUCUUGAGAGGAACUACAGAAUAACGGCAAAGACUGAUCAUUCUUUUGCUAUUGCUUUAUCUUUAAAUAGUACUAUAUAGCAAUGUGUACAAGAGCAUAGGUACAAGGUGGCUACUAUUGAUGCCCAUUUUGUGCAGAUGUAUAGCAAUGUUUAUUCGGAUGCAACAAGAAUUGAUUUAUGCAUUUGCUAUGGCCCUGCCAUUGUAUAGUUCUGAAGGACAUCGAUUCUUUGCUGGCUCUGAAAAUUUGCUGAAAUUACAAUGUCAUCAUACUGAUUGUUUA